GGUGGCUAACAGGAUGAGGCCGGGUGGCCACGUGGCUCCGUGGGGAUUAAAGGCGGCGAGAAGAAGGUAAAGAGAUUAGACUCAGAACGGAGCCUGCUUUUUUAACCUCGUCACUGUUGUCACACUGACAGCGCGGAAGGAAAACUUGUGAGCCACAAUUACAUCAGUUCACUGUCUCUCCUUCCUCCUUCCUCCUCCCUCCCUGGCUCCCUCCUCGCCCAUCCAUCCAUGCAGCCACCUCAGCUCUCUCCAGGGACCCAACGACACCCAGGAACUCACUAGCUCCUGAACAACUGAGCUGGAGAGCGGAUUGGAGUGGAACCAGACUCCCUUCUUCUUAACAAGCCGAGGACCUUGUCAGCACCAAUGAGGAGGCUUCUGCAUGCUCUGCUAAUGGACUCAAGAUAAACACAUUCUGGAUUUGAUUGUUGUUUGCAACAGUCUCUUUACAAAUGACAACUUCGGGCCUGAAAACCACAUAAAAUUAGCACAUCAUGCUUUUGAAGUUAGGACUGCUCCUCACUUUGUGUCUGUUUACGCUCCAAGCAAGUCGAAUCAAAGAUCUCCGUGAACACAGUUUGUCUGGGCUCAGGGAUGUGAAGCACAGACACUUUCUAGAGGCCUCCAGACCGACCAGACACGCCACGAAUGUCAGAGCGGAGCAGGACGGACAUCGGACGAAGAGGUCGGCGCUCUUCAACACGGGGGUCAAAGUGUGUCCCCAGGAGACGAUGAAGGCAGUCAUCGGCAGCCAUCGGUCGUAUUACAAACUCCGAGUUUGUCAGGAGGCGAUUUGGGAGGCGUUCCGCAUCUUCUUGGACAGAGUCCCGAGCUCAGAGGAGUACGGAGCCUGGGUUUACACCUGCCAGCAUGAAAACCUCUGCAUGGACGACCUGGCUCAAAACUUCAGCAGCUCCCAGGAGCAUCUGGACAUGGUGGCCAGAAGAGUAGCCGAGCAAGCUGAAGCUGAAGGUGAAGGAGUCAUCGCUGAAACCCCAGAUCCAGGAAGGGACUGCACCUGGACCCCCCCUCUGAUUCUGCUGCCAACAGAGGCCAACGGGAUCGAGGAAGACCCCAACCUCAUAAAAGAAAACUACGAGGAGUACAUUGUCGAGUUCAGCGUCACCAUAGUGGACCCGACGUACAGCAAGCUGCUCAGUGACCCCGAGGCGCCGCUCCACACUGAUGUCGCGCUGGAGCUCAGAGAGAAGAUGCGUCAUGUGUUUGAAAAAGUUCCAGGAUUCAAAGAGAUUCGUGUUCUGGGAUUUCGCUCAGAGGAUGUGUCUGUGCGGUACGCUGUGGUCUUUAAUGGAGAAACGGAGCUCAAUGAUGACCCUGAGGGUCUCGAGGAGCCCGAUACCGAGACACACGAGGACAUAAACGCUCCCAAACUGAAACACAUCAUCAAAAAGGCCUUAAAACAGGAACUGUCCCUGUCGCUGCCGCUGGACAUACAGACGCUCAGCUUUGAGGCUGUAACCACAGUUUAUCCAGUCGCGGAGCUCGGCAUGAACCCCGUCGUAUCCGAGGAGGACCCCACGCAGGCGCCCAUGGAGGUCAACACUCACACCCGAAGUUUCUUCCCCACCGUGGCAGUGAUAGAAAACUCUUUGGAAGCUUUCACAGUCAGACCGGAAACACACACCUUCGUGCCUUUCAUCCCAAACGUCCUCCCAGAAGCCACCCCUGCUGUCACACAUGAGACUCCUUUAAUGGCAGGAGCAGAGGAGGAAUCCACAGAGGCUGCCGCUGAUCAGCCCGGUAACAUUAUCGCACUAGACACAACACGCGAAACUAUCACAGGGCACGAAGAGGAAGCAGAGCCGGAGGUGGAGGAGAUGCCGCCGACUGAGCCCGACGACAGAGGCGAGGUUGAACCUGAAGAGCAGGCGACGGAUGAACCUGAACCUGCGGAACAAAAUGAAGACCCUCCCUUGGAAACUCCAGACUCCCAACCAGAGGAAGAAAUGACCGACACACCUGCUGUCGUUUACCACGAUGUGCCCGAGCUUGCAGACCGCACAGUUACUGCCAUGUCUAUCACAGAAGCGGCGGUAUCAGUCCCCAUGCCAUCGCCUCAUGACGAUGCUGUCCAAGGCAUCGAACCAGACACGGAUGUUGAGCCUCUGCCACCCCCCGUGGAGAGCGGCGAAGCCCCCGAAGAGAGAGAUGAAGCCAGCGGAGGGCAAAGUAGAACAACCCCAGUUUCAACAGCGCUGCCUCCUGAGAGCUCAAACAUUCAAGAGGAUGCAUGGUCAAGUCUGAAUGGGACAAAUGUGGUGGUGACGGUACCACUGGAGGAAGAAAGCGGCAGUGGGUUCCCCUCGGAGUCCGACGAGCGCCCGUAUGAAUCUACGGCUGCGCCGGCCAUGAGGCAGGCCAGCACCCCUCUGAUGACCGUAGUGGAUAAGAACAAAGAGCUAGUGGUUUUCUUUAGCUUGAGGGUCACCAACAUUAUGUUUUCUGAUGACCUGUUCAACAAGAGCUCCCCAGAGUAUAAGUCACUGGAGAAUACCUUUCUUGAGCUGACACAGCACUCUGGGUCCAGAAACUCGCCAAACCCUGGAGCUUCCAGUAAAUCUGGGCUUAGGAGACAGACGACUUUAGCCUCCAUACCGCUUCUGCCAUAUCUGCAGUCCAAUCUGACGGGAUUCAAGCAGCUGGAGAUUCUCAACUUCAGGAACGGCAGCGUUGUGGUAAACAGCAGGAUGAAACUGGACAAGCCGGUACCUUACAACGUCACGGAAUCCGUACACUGCGUGCUCGAGGACUUCUGCAGCGCGGCGUCUAAGCGGCUCGACAUCGAGAUUGACAGCCGCUCCUUGGAAGUAGAACCAGCUGACCAAGCGGACCCCUGUAAGUUCCUGGCCUGCAACGAGUUUUCACGCUGCGUGGUGAACAGUUGGACCGAUGAGGCCGAGUGUCUGUGCGAUCCUGGAUACAGCACCGUGGACGGCCUGCCGUGUCAGAGCACCUGCGCCGUGCAGCCGGACUACUGCCUGAACGGAGGCCGGUGUGAAAUAAUCCCGGGGCACGGAGCCACCUGCAGAUGCCCUGUGGGUAAAUACUGGCACUACCACGGAGAGCGCUGCAGCGAGCUGGUGUCCAUGCCCGUAGACCCUUCGCUCAUCGUGACCUGCCUCGUGGGGAGUCUCUGCCUUGUUUGUGCCAUCAUCGGGAUUUUGAUUUUCAUUAACAAGAAGUGCAUAAAUACCAGAAAGGCUGUAACGUUGGUGCACACCCUUGCUCCCUAUGCCUUUGAGAACACUCUGAGGGAGAAUCCAGUAUUUGAGAAUGACGAUGGUGUCUUAACCCAAGUGUCCACGUUGCCUUAUCCCUCGAGUUCGGCCUCCUCCCAGUCCCAACAGUCUGAACAAGAGCAUUUUGCCUCAAUUGAAAAUAUACAUCUGAGUAUUGAGAUCCCCCGACAACUCUACACAACCAGAUCAGAAAAGUUAGUCUCUGAAAUGGUCGACUUCCAUCAUUGUAUACCGCAGAACGAGACGUGGCGACGGCCAAAUGAAUACAGAACACGCUGCGUUUUAAGGGCAUCAGAUAACGAGUGUUUUGAAGUAACAGUCCUUUGAUGGAACCUUCAAAGACUGGAGUUCGCUGUUUAACUGUAUGUGGGGUGCGAGGUACAGUAGACCAGUCAGAAAUGGUGUUUAAAGUGUUGUGAUUUAUCGUUCAUAGUGAUUGUGUCUCGUUAGACAGAGAGCUAUGGAUAUUAAGGUGGACUUAGGUUGUCUUAAAGCGGAACCUAAUAUUUAUUUCACAUAUUGAAUGGUAGGAACAUUUCCUGUAUACCCUUGGCAAAGGUUGUUGUUUCCUCACAAUGAGGUAUUUAUUAUUUACAAACUGAUACACAUGGUGGUAUACUGAGUGUAGACGGUAAAAUGUUGUUUAUUUUAAUGCUAUUCUGAACUAUUUGUUGUGUCCCAAAAAGAGAAUGAAUGUAUAAGCUGCUGACUUGGGUCAUGACAUAUUGUUUAUAGAAAAUAUUGUCUGUCCUGUUCAAAACAACUCUUCCCACUAAUCAUUUGUCUUAUAAGAUUUGGAUGUUUUUUUUUUUUUUUUUUACGCACAUUUUGCAUUUAACAGCAAAGAAUAAAAUGUCUUUUUUUGCAUUAAAAUUGUGAAGUGUCAUUUGUUUCUGAAUGCUUAAAGCUUGUUUGGUUGUGUGACAAAUUAAAACAUAUUUAUUAAUGAUUUAAAGGGGCUAUAUGUGACAAUUUGUUGCAACUUGAAUGUAUUCAUUGCUGUUUUCACUGUAGUACAUGUCGACAAUUAAUCUUA